UUGAUUACAACCUCGUCCAAGAUGCAUUUCCCCAAGUUCGGUGGCAAGAGCGUCGAGCACGACGAUCGCGCCAAUGACGCCGCCGCCGCCCCCGCGCCCGCCUCCGAUAUCACGGCCGAGCAGAAGGUCACCUUCGCCGCCGCCUUCCUCGGUCUGGUCGCCUCCAUCGGAGGUUUCAUGUUCGGAUAUGUCAGUGGUCAGAUCUCCGGCUUCUUCCUGAUGGAAGACUUCAUGCAGCGCUUCGGUGAGAAGCACGCCGACGGCACCAUCACCUUCUCCGCCGCCCGCCAGGGCACCAUCGUCGGUCUCCUCUGCAUCGGCUGCCUCGUCGGUGCCCUCACUGCCGGCAAGCUCGCCGACACUCUCGGCCGCCGUCUGACCAUCUCCGCCUUCGCCUUCUGGUCCUGCGUCGGUAUCGUCAUCGAGAUCUCUUCUCAGAACGCCUGGUACCAGUUCGCCAUCGGCCGCCUCGUCAACGGUGUCGGAAUCGGCGCCCUCUCCGUCGUCGUUCCCAUGUACCAGUCCGAGUCCACCCCCGCCAUCAUCCGCGGUGUCAUCGUCUCUACCUACCAGCUGUUCAUCACCCUCGGUAUCUGGACCGCCGAGAUGGUCAACUACGGCACCAACAAGAAGGUCGGCAGCGCUUCCUGGCGCAUCCCCAACGGUCUCGGCUUCGCCUGGGCCCUCAUCCUCGGUGCCGGUAUCCUCUUCCUCCCCGAGUCCCCCCGUUACGCCUUCCGCAAGGGUCGCGAGGAGGAGGCCCGCCGCACCAUCGCCAAGCUCGCCGGUGUCGAGCCCCACUCCCCUUCCGUCAACGCUCAGAUUGAGGAGAUCCAGGCCAAGGUCGAGGAGGAGAGCGAGGGUGUCGAGUCCAUCUGGGAGAUCUUCACCGGCCCCCGCAUGCUCUACCGCACCGUUCUCGGCGUCGUUCUCCAGGCCGGCCAGCAGCUCACCGGUGCCAACUUCUUCUUCUACUUCGGAACCACCGUCUUCUCCGCCACCGGUCUGAGCGACAGCUUCGUCACCCAGCUCAUUCUCGGCUCCGUCAACGUCGCCUGCACCUUCGGCGGUCUGUGGAUCGUCAAGAACGCCGGUCGCCGCAUGGCCCUUAUCGUCGGUGCCCUCUGGAUGAUGGCCUGCUUCCUCGUCUACGCCUUCGUCGGCCACUUCGCCCUCGACCACGUCACCCCCGCCAACACCCCCACCGCCGGCGCCGUCCUCGUCGCCUUUUCCUGCCUCUUCAUCGCCGGCUUUGCCACCACCUGGGGUCCCCUCGUCUGGGCCGUCGUCGCCGAGCUCUACCCCGCCCGCUACCGCGCCCCCGCCAUGGCCCUGGCCACCGCCUCCAACUGGCUCUGGAACUUCCUCAUGUCCUUCUUCACCCGCUACAUCACCGACGCCAUCGACUACCUCUACGGCCUCGUCUUCGCCGGCUGCUGCGCCGCCCUCGCCGUCAUCGUCUUCUUCUUCGUCAUCGAGUCCAAGGACCGCACCCUCGAGGAGAUCGACACCAUGUACGUCCAGCACGUCAACCCCAUCACCUCGGCCAAGUGGAACCCCAACACCCACUCCGAGAAGCGCUCCGGCCACGAGUCCGGCUCCGCCAGCGACGCCGAGAAGACCGAACCCGCCACCGCCUAA